UUGUAGGUGGGAGGAUGUUGAGACGGUUGCAGCAGCGUUCACACACUCUGAGGUGUCACAGCCGACGUCUCCUGAUUGGUUCAAGGUGUUUGUGUGAAACACUCUGUGAAGUGCAGCCUUCUUCUUCUUCUUCUCCUGUUUCCACCGCCGGUUGCAGUUUUGCAGAUGAGCGAGGGCAGUUUGAUCAACCCACACACACAGACGUGAACCUGCAGGGUGGCUGGUUGGUUAGUGAGUCACCUGGUUAGAGAGAAGUUCAUCACACUCGCUGUGAUCUUCAGCUCAGGGUUCACAACCAAGCGCUUCUUUUCUGUGUUUAGUGACGUUUUGGAGGCAGCGGCUCGUGACCUGAGCUGGAGGUCCGUCGUCACCUUCCUCGUACGAAGCUCUGAGGAAGAAGAUCACAGGAUCUGUGGCGGGAGACGAAGCUCGGGAGGUGAUUGGGUUCAGCGACAGCAGAGGAGGAGAGUCAGUGACAGAGGGGGGAGGGGGAGAGAGACAAGUAGGUCUGUGAAGGUGCAGAUCAGCUCAUCAGGGAGGGAAGAGUGUCGAGGUAGAGUGUAAGAAGAAGGAGCAGAGAAGUCUUCAAACAUGGCGGAUGUUUGGUUACAUUAGUCGCCUCAUGUGGACCAGAGACCAGCCACAGGCCCCAGAACUUCAGCGAUCCUCCGUCCUCCGUCCAAACGUCUCUCCAGUCAGCGUGUGUCCUCAGGUGUAGAUGAACUAUGGACGCCUCCUGGUUCCUCCUGGUUCUGUCGGUUGCCAUCCUCGUCUCCAUGGUGCUGCUGGUCGUCGUCUGUCUGGACUGCUGGAACAAAGGCCCUCUGGUCUCCAUCAGACAGACCAAUGCUUCAGAGGAAUACAUGCAAUCCACUGAAUUCAGAGUCAUCCAUCCAUUGCACCCAGGCAGUGAUCUGAAUUCCAUCCGCUCUGGCCCCCACCUGCUGUCACCACCAAGAGUCCUCUCAUCUUCAACUGACUCUGGAACUCAGCGGAGACACCAAUCCUUCACCCAAACAGAAACCGAAAGUAAUCCAAGUUAUGAGAAUCCAGUAGAAGGUCCUGAGUACGCAAACCCUGACCCUAACUGUCAUGACAGCGAUGUAGAAGAACCUGGAUACAUCAUCGUGAUACCCGACGGUGAGGCUCUUGCUCCGUCAAGCAUCAGCCGAGCCUCAACGCCCAGUUCAGAUGUUCGUCAUGAAUAUGUGAACCUUGAAGAGGAGAAAGAGAAAGAGGAAGAAGAGGAACAAGAAGAGGAGGAAGACGACUUAGACUAUCAGAAUGUGGAUCCAAAGAAUUCUUUAACUCACUCGCUCACCGCUGCUCUCUGUCGCUCUCGCCCCACGAGUCGGGAGGAGGGGCCAAACCUGAACGAUGCAACGUCAGAGUCAUCGGCUCUAAGCGAAACUGAUGAUGACGAUGAUGAUGAUGAUGAGGGGAACUACGUCAACCAGCCACCAUUGAUUCACAGCCAGCUCAGAGCAUGAUGGGACACAGACUGACGUGAUGGAGACAGGGGUGAUCGACCUCUGACCCCCCCCCCCCUCGACCACAGUGAGCUUUUCGACGGCCAUCUUCAUCUUUCCCUCUCCACUGAGAGCUGAGAAUAGAAACUGAGGAUGACUCUACAGAGGACCGACACUCCUGAGUUCGUCUCAAUCAUCCUGCCAAUCACAGUUCAGCAGAUCACUGCAAUAAUCUUUCAAAUGUGGACACAAGCACCACAACUGCCACGUUUCUCCCUCUCGGGCCGUUAUUUAAAAGUCCCAUUAGCCACUUGAAAUUUCUUUCUUUCUUUCUGGCAGGAAACAUUUAUUUUACCACAGAAUUUCACAGAUUACAAUGGUUUUGUAAUGUAAUCCGAUGUUGACGAUGAGGAUGUCAUGUCUUAAUGUUACCAUGGUAACAAUCAAUGACACCUGCGCUGAGCAGUAGCAACCAAAAACAGGAAAACAUGAUUCAUAAUUUGUGGUUAGCUAACGUUGUCAUGGCGAGAGCAAAGAGAAGGGAAAGAGCUUUAGAGACAGAUUUUUCUUUUUGUUGUAAAACGUCCUUGUAACUGUUGAAUUCUUCCUGAAGAGAAAUAUUUCCUGCUGAGGGCAAAUGGCGCUCAGUCCCUCCGUAGGCCUUUUUUAAUUUAAUUUACCUAAGACACAUUCAAAGUCCGUCUUUGUGAAGGACCCCAGGACUUUUGUUUUAAACUGACAAGUGUAUUUUGUGAGAAUUGUUCUCAGACUUAAACAAGACGAGGGAUGAAGUUUUCACAGUUCAUCAUCCAAUAGUCAAGAUCAGAAAGAAGAAGUGUUUCUUUUCAUUUUCUUCUUGAGAUUUUGCUCAAAUAUUUUCUUCCUUUUCUUGUAAUUUGACUCAAAGGAAUAAUCACGUUUAGUUAAACUGGCCACCUCAGACUGAACCUGUGACAAGGGUUACUAGAGGUCACAAAGGUCAGGAACACUAAAUUCAAAUCCUGAUUAAUCGGUUGAAGAUGUGCCAUCAGCUCCUCAGGGCAGAGAGAGAGAGAGAGAGAGAGAGAGAGAGAGAGAGAGAGAGAGAGAGGGAGAGAGAGAGAG